AUGAUCGAGUCGACUACCCCUCCUCCCGAGCCGGAAGGGGUCUUCUCGCUGCUUGAUACAGAUUUGUACAAGCUGACCAUGCAAUGCGCGGUGCUGAAAUACUUCUCUGAUGCCGAAGUUACGUAUACUUUCACCAAUCGGACAAGGGAUAUGAAAUUCACCAGAGCCGCCUACAAAUGGCUGAAGAGCGAGACAGACAAACUUGCAAAUAUCUCCCUUACAACCGAAGAAUGUGAAUUCCUCAAAUCUCAAUGUCCAUACCUCAACUCCGCUUACCUACGCUUCCUCUCGUCUUUCCGUUUCAAGCCUGCUGAUCAACUCGACCUCUCCUUCACCCCCAUAAACAACACCGGUUCAGAAUCAGAUAUUGGAGAUAUAGACAUAGCGAUACACGGAUUAUGGGUCGAAACUAUUCUCUACGAGAUCCCCCUCCUAGCAUUAUCCAGCGAGGCUUAUUUUAAAUGGUGCGAUCGCGACUGGGAUUACCACCAGCAGAAAGAGAAGGCCUAUCGAAAAGGUUCUGUCCUUCUGGAAAACAGGUGUACCUUCUCCGACUUUGGCACGAGACGGAGAAGGAGUUAUCAUGCACAGAGCCUGGUUAUGGAGGGGCUCUGCCACGCUUCCGCUGAUGCGAAAGCAAAGGGCUGGAAGGGGACCUUCUCUGGCACAAGUAAUGUACACUUCGCUAUGAAGCAUGGGGUUGUUCCUGUGGGCACAGUUGCGCAUGAAUGGUACAUGGGCAUCGCUGCUAUUACGGAUAAUUACGAGAAUGCGAACGAGCUGGCCUUGCGGUAUUGGCUGGGGUGUUUCGGGGAAGGGGUUCUGGGAAUAGCUCUUACCGACACUUUUGGCACACCUGUUUUCCUCGAAGCGUUCAACAGACCAAUACCACAGAACACGAUCGCAACGCAAUGGGAAGAAACUACCCAAGCCUCCUCAGCCGGCGGUAAUUCCGCAACUGACAGACUACCCGAGACAAAACCUCCAAUCGCAGCACCUAUAAGUCCCUCAUCGGAAGAACAUGGUCAUCUCCCAGCCAAAACGUACGCGCAAGUCUUUACGGGCGUCCGUCAGGAUUCAGGCGACCCAGACUAUUUUGUGAAGAUGGUGCGCGACUUCUACGACAAGGUCGGGAUAAAGGAUAAGAAAACAAUUGUCUUCUCCGACUCGUUGAAUGUGCAGUUAUGUAUCGACUAUAAGGUUAUUGCUGAAGAGUCGGGUUUUCAACCUGUUUUUGGGCUGGGGACGUUCUUAACCAACGAUUUCACCCAACUAUCCGACCACAAGAAAUCCGUACCGUUAAACAUCGUCAUCAAACUCUCCUCCGCCGGCGGGCGGCCAGCUGUUAAACUAUCGGACAAUUUAGGCAAGAAUACUGGCGAUACGCGUACAAUUGUCAGGGUGAAGAAACGCCUUGGAUACGUCGAGCGCUACUGGCAGAAUGUGGAUGAGACGAGCAGGUGGGGGAAGAGGGACGAUUGA